AACCUUCUGGAGCCUCUAGGUCAGAAUGUCCCAGGCACCACCGUGGCUGUUGGGGUUGGUACACAUGAAGGAUGAAGAAGGCUGGGCUCUGGGGGCUGCUGUGGAUGGUCUUCAUCUCAGAACUCCAAGCUGAAAAUGAAUCAAAAGAAGAAAAAUUUAUAAAAGAGGGGGAGACCCUGAAUGUAAAUUGUCCCUUCUCCACCGAGAGGUACUCCUACAGCCAGAAAGCUUGGCAGAAGCUGAUAGAUGGAAGGAAGCCUGUGACGCUGGCCUUAACAACGAGUACCUCAGGCAAUCCUAGUCAAGUCCGGGAGGGCAGGUACUUCCUAGAAGACAUCCCCAGUGAGGCCAUCCUGCACGUCCAAAUGACCAAUCUUCAAGUGGAGGAUUCAGGAUUGUAUCGGUGUGUGAUCUACUACCUUUCCAAAGAGCCGGAUGUCCUGUCCCCCCUUUUCCACGUGGUGGUGAUCAAGGAUCCUUUAAACACCACUGCCUCGGACGAGAAUCAUACCCGGAAACUGCAGAUUUCCACCUUUCCUCCUACCACCACCAGAGCCCAGGGCACACUCGUUGACAGACCCAGGACUGUGACCAAACUCCCGCCCAAAUCAACUGCUGACCUCUCCUCUCCUGGCUUUGGAGUCAACAUCACAAAUGUGACAGAUGUCACCAGCUAUGUUUUCAGGAUUCCAAGCUGUAGGCGAAGAGGAGAAACAAAAGUGACUGCUAGAUGGAGAGACCUUGACCACAGCCUGCUCUUAAAGUGUCAUGCUCUACUCCAGCCUGAAGGCCUGGCAGCGGAAAAUGGCACUAGCCAAGAGAACCAACAAAGGCAAUCUGGAUCCAGGGCAAGGCAGCCUCCCGGAGUGUCCCCAGGACACAGCACACCCAGGGAAGCAGACUUAACCUUCCAGGAGCUGACGGGCAUGCCUUCCUCCCCUAACAAAUACCACACUCCACUCUGUUCAGUGUAAAUAAGAGGCUUCCUGAACUUCUCUUGUGAGAUCUCUGCCCAGCCCCUCUCUUACCCAGAGGGAGAAAAGCAGUACCAGGUGGGGGAGCGUGGAGGGCUGGGUGCAAAGAAACCCAGGGGGAGUCAUCAAGACCAAGGGCACGGCAAUUGAUUUCUGUGUUAAGUACAACAACUGGGACUCACAAAGUGUAAUUCAGAUGACACUUAUAUUUGUCCUCUUACUGCCUUGCUUGGCUAGAGACCUCAUUGGCCCCCUGCUAAAGCCUAUGGCAAGACCAUCACUCUUCUGGGCAUUAAAAAAAAAUAGACUUUAUUUUUGAGAGCAGUUUUAGGUUCCCAGAAAAACCGAGUAGACGGUACAGUGUUCCGCUUUAACCCCUGCCCACCCCUCCAUACACAGCUUCCCCUGCCAUGGACAUCCUGUCCCUGAGUGGUAGAAUCCAUGAAUCUACAUGGACACAUCAGUGCCACCCAAAAAGCCCAUAGUUCACCUUAGGGCUCACGCUUGGCGUUGUCCAUGCUAUGGGUUUGGACAAAUGUGCACUGACAUGUACCCACAGCUGGAGUACCACACAGAGUAGUUUCAUUCCCUUCAGACCCCUCUGUGCUCUGUCUAUUCAUCCACGCCCUUCUGGGCAUUUCUAAACAAUAUAAAGUUUAUUCCCAAGCUAGCUUCAGUUCAGUCAACCGACUGAGUUACCCAGGCGCCCGAUACACAUUUCAUUCUCUUAUAUAAUAGAAUAUAAUGUGCACUUUAGUGGAAAACUGCAUUGUCUCUAGCACACUCUCCCUUGGGUUCUCUGUUUCUGAUUCUGUGGGAGCUAUUUUAUAGCUAUGUAAGUUAUAGGUAAGUGACAGACAUGCAGAUUCUGUCCUUUUCUUCCUUCCCCUGCUGUGGAUGGAGGUGGGGGAGGGGCGGAAAUAAACACCAAACUGGUUUGUU